AUGCCUUUAGAAUUGUCUACUGAAGCGGUUUCUGGUAGUCUUUUGUCUCCUGUAGUUUUCGUAAGUAAUAGCAUAUCAAGUGAUUACUCAAUAUGCUGGUUUCAGGAAUUGAACUCGGGGUAAAUCAGAUGGAAACUUCUGGUUCAGUGGUACCUUUAGAAUCAUUUGCUGGACUCAGUUAUGGAGUUGAACUUUGGACAGCUCAAACAGAAACUUCAUGUUCCGUCAUGCCUUCAGAAUCAUCUGCUGAUGUGAUUUCUGGAGUUGAGCUUGGGGUAGAUACAGAAACUUCAUGUUCCGUCAUGCCUUCAGAAUCAUCCGCUGAUGUGAUUUCUGGAGUUGAGCUUGGGGUAGAUCAGACAGAAACUUCAAGUUCUGCCAUGCCUUCAGAAUCAUCCGCUGUUGUAGUUUCUGGAGUUGAGCUUGGGGCAGUUCAGAUUGAAACUUUGGGUUCCAGAGCGCCUUCAGAAUCAGUUUCUGAGACAAAUCUUCAAGUUCUCGGUCACGAGGCUCCAUCUGAUGCACAGAAUGCAGUGCCUGAGUCUUUACAAAACGCCAGAGUAGAAGAUUCUUCCGAGCGCAGGAAAUUGGAGCCGAAAAUCAAAGCUGGGGCUGAUGAACCAGGCCAUUGGGAUCCACUAUGCUUGGCAAAGUUAAUGGGAGAGAAGCUGCAGGGUAUUUCUUCCCACCCGAAUGCUGCUAUCAUUCCUCUGUUUGAGAAAUUGCUUACUCUCAGCGACGCGGAUCCCGGCUUGGGAGAGCUGAUGCUGCCCCAUGAAUAUGUAGAAGCAUAUUUUCCAAAAGUUCCGGACCCGAAUGGCUUACCCGUUAAGGUACAGGACAUGAAAGGAAACAACUGGGAUUUCUGUCUUCAUUCUAAGUCCUGCAUAAGCGACGAGGCACCCUAUGCUCUACAAGGAACUAAAGACUGCAUACUGUCAAUGCAGUGGGAAGCUGGUGAUACCGUGACAUUCUAACUGGUGGAACCUGAGGGCAAACUCGUCAUCGGCCUCACAAAGGUUCAUAGUGCUCACCAGCAUCCGAAGCUCCUGAGAUCAAGUGCAUUUGGUAUCUAGAAUUUCGAAGCAGUCCGGCAAGGAGAUGGUAGCAGAAGGAGCAAAGUGGUUAUCAGAAUCUUUUCCUUCUGCUCGAAAGAGAUAAACAAGUAACAACUUUCUCGGGAUUCUACUUUGUACAUGGACUGGUGGAAUGUAAAUAAAUAAGAAGGAACCCACUGCAAUUUUCCUUCAUGUGAGACUGGAACUUAAUUACUGUUAACAAGGGGAGCUCUGCAACCCGAUUACAAUGCAUGAGUAUUAUAUUA